AUGACCCUGAACACGCAGCCCGGGAGCAGGAGCCCGCUGCGGCGGAGGGCCAGCACCCCGCUCCCGCGGCCGGGGGGCUCCGGGGCCGCCUCGCGGAGUGAGCCCUUUCACCCCCAGCUCGGCCACACCGCCUCCGAGCCGGGCGGCAGGGCCCCCCGCGGCAGCCUGUGCCCCGACUCCGCGGGCUCCCCCAGGCUCAGGGAGCCCCGGUACCGAGUGGUGCUGCUGGGGGACCCCGGCGUGGGGAAGACCAGCCUGGUCAACCUCUUCGCCGGCGUCCAGGAGAGGGACCCGCUGGACCAGCACGGAGGGGUCGCGUACGAGCGCAGGCUGACCGUGGAUGGCGAGGAGACCACGCUGCUGGUGCUGGACACCUGGGAGUCAGAGCAGCGGGUACGGCGGGGCUGGCGGCGCAGCCACUGCCUGCAGAUAGGGAAUGCCUACAUCAUCGUUUACUCUGUCACUGACCGGGACAGCUUCGAGAGUGCCUCGGAGCUGCGCAUCCACCUGCGCCGGGCACGCCAGGCCGAGGACAUCCCCAUCAUCCUGGUGGGGAACAAAACUGACCUGGUGCGCUGCCGGGAGGUGUCUGAGGAAGAGGGCCAGGCCUGUGCUGCUGUCUUUGACUGCAAGUUCAUUGAGACGUCGGCGGCUCUGCAGCACAAUGUGGACGAGCUCUUCGAGGGGGUGGUGCGACAGAUCCGCCUCCGCCAAGGGGGCAAAAAGUCCCACCUGCACCCCCCGCCCGGCCAGAAGCACAAGGAGAGCCUCGCUAGCAGAGCCCGGCACUUCCUCGACAGGCUGGUGGCCAGGAACAGCAGCAAAGUGGCCCUCAAAGUCCGCUCCAAGUCCUGCCAUGAUCUGUCUGUGCUCUGAGAGCCACGCUCCUGUCCCUCCCCACGCGCCGGCUGGGACUCUGCUCUCUGCCAGCAGUGUGGCCAGUGGCUCUGUGCAGAGCUCAGACUGGGCUGCAGUGAUGCUGAGCACGUGGAGCUGUUUUCACUGGUGCUGAGGGAUGUGAAGGUGCUCUGGAUCCGGCCAUUCCCUCCAGGAGAGGGGAUAAGUGGGAUCAGGUCCGUGGAGUGGAGGAUGGGAUGGGUUCCUGCACUUGGAGUGGUGAGGUUUUGGAUCACAGCUGCUCCUGCAGAGCCAGAGGUGAGGGGUGGCUGUGCCCCAGAGCUGGGCUGGAGGCUACCAGGAGUGUGGCAGGUCCCACUCGCAGUGCUGUCCUUUGCAGGGCAGCAGGGACUGGCAAGGGCACUGGGCAUUGUCAACCUUGGAUGGCCUGGAGCCUGGCUGGGAAGAGGGGGCAGGGGAGC